UUAAGGGCGCUGUCUUGGUCGAGACACUCCUAAAGCAGGUUUAGCCUUCCACGAGACGGAAGAGCAGCUCUGUUAUAAACGCCCUCAAAACAGACGCCCUAGACUUAGAAAACAAUUAUAUAUAAGUCACUAUAUACACAACUAAAUACGAAAAAAUGAAAUCUUUGACAUAUGCUCUCCUUUCUGGCGCUCAUUCCCAAACAAUGAGCGCCAGCUCCUAUGGAGCGCGGGCCCGCAUCACCCGCCGCGCCCUCUCCAACGCCCGCGCCAUCACCACAGUAUCGAAGUCAAGAAGUCAAGCUUCUGCCUUGCCCGCCAGUGUGGAGGCGGAGAGCUCCAAGAACAUAGUGGAGUCGAAGUUUCCAAAGAUGGCCAUGCCCUACGCCCCAUUCGCCCAGAAAGUUUUCACAGAGGUGUCUACGUGGUCACACAAAAUUGCGAUCGAGUGUGGGAUAACAGGUAGAUGCUACACCUACAGCCAGUUGCUGGAUGGAGCCAUGAAGUUUGGUGGAAUGCUGCAGCAGUUGGCUGGUAAGGGCAAGCUCACAGCCCCAGAUAACGGCAACCCGAUGGUAGCCAUAUUGUCUCCCAACUCUCCGGAACAUCCCAUCGUGUUAUUCGGAACGACAGCCGUUGGCGCCAUCCUCACCCCCAUCAACCCCACCUACACUCCUGAGGAAGUGGCCGGACAUCUUCGGGACAGUGGGACGGAAAUAUUGGUGGUGGACAGCCUGAUGGAGCCCCUGGCUGACGCUGCGCUUGCUCUCCUACAAUGGGACAUCCCCGUCAUCGUCAACGGAGCCUCUAAGAGCGGGAGACCCAACCUAAGAGAGAUUAUCACCGACACCAGUAUACCUUAUGCUCACCAAGUUGACAUCUGCGAGGAGACGACCGCUGUCCUUGCCUACUCCAGCGGCACCACUGGUAAACCCAAAGGCGUGUGUAUGCCUCACUCCCUCUUCUCCAGUGGGUCCACCAUAUACCAAAACCCCUACACAAACCCCUACGACAAGGCAGAAGGAGAGCAUCAGGAGGUGAUUAUGGGUCUCCUCCCAUUCUUCCACAUCUAUGGCAUGAUGGGGGUCAUGGUCUGUGGCAUGUUAAAUGGGGCCAAGAUCGUCACCCUCCCCAAAUUUGACCCUGUGACCUACAUGACUGUUCUCAAGAAGCACCAGGUGACCUGCCUGCAUAUUGUCCCGCCUCUGCUGAAGUUCAUAGCGAUGUCUCCGGCGGUGUCACCAGCUGAUCUGGCCAGCACUCACACCGUCAUAUGUGGAGCAGCCCCGGUCCUCCCAGCAGCCGCCAUCAAGCUCAAGGAAAAGUUGCAGCGGCCAAUAUUCUUCCAGGAAGGUUACGGCAUGACGGAGAUUCUCUGCGCCCACUUGACCGCUAAGGGCGAGGAGAAGUUGGGUUACUGUGGUAAGCUGAUGCCCAACGUGCGAGCCAAGGUACUCGACCUGGCUACUGAUGUUGCUCUCCCACCUGGCGCUAAGGGCGAACUCUGCAUCCACACCCCUUCUGUGAUGUCUCGCUACCACAACAACCCGGAGGCCACACGGGAGGUCAUGGAUGAGGAGGGCUGGGUAAGGACUGGCGACGUGGCCAUCUAUGACGAGGAGGGCAACUUCGCCAUCAUUGACCGUAUCAAGGAACUCAUCAAGGUCAAGGGCAUGCAGGUGUCGCCAUCAGAGUUAGAGGACAUCCUUCUGCGUCACCCUCAAGUGGCAGACGUAGGCAUCAUCGGCGUAGAGGACGAGCAUGCCGGGGAAGUGCCUCGGGCCUAUGUCGUCCGCCAAGGGAAUGUCACCGAAAAAGAGUUGCAGGAGUUCAUGCAGAGCCGCGUUGCCCCUUUCAAGCAGCUGACUGGAGGCAUCAAAUUCAUUGACGAGUUGCCCAAGAAUCCCGCCGGUAAACUCCUCAAGAAGGAGCUGAAAAAGAUUGCGCAGCAGGAGUAACUGGCACUAACUCUGUAUAGAAUGUCUGACAUGAAUUUUAUUGUUAUUUGAUUCCUACUUAAUUGACAAUUAAUUGUCUUAUAAAAACUAUAAGAAAUGUUUCGACGAAUCAGCCAGUAAUAUUGACGAAUUAACUACAUUUAUUUAAACACUUUUAAGAAUCAUUUUAACAAAGUAAGUCCUAAAAUAUAAUGAAUGACAGUUCAUCUUAAAGAUUUAAGUUUGUUCCUAAUAAAUAUCUUGGCAUUCUUUUCAAAUCAUAUCUCGUCUUUGGUACAAUAUGAUUAUGAUCAUUUUUACAUUCAUCAUAAUAAUAACUUUUAAUAUUUCCUUCAUAAUAGAUCACAUUCAAUAUAACGCCUUUAAUCUGCAAGCUGAGAGCACUCGGUUUAUCCCUGUUCAUUCUGCUGCCUUCAUGACCUGGGAACAUUCAUCUUAACACAGUGUUCUCAGGUUACUGCAACACGUGUGACUGAUGCUAUGACUUACUAUUAUAUAUCAUUUUGUAAAAUAUGUGAAAUACAUGAUGAGAUAAACCAUUAUAACAAAUUAAGAUGUAGGUAUAAUUUUUAUAUAUCUCAAUCUCACUCUUGAAAGGGUAAGCAAAGUUGUAGUCACAUUUGAUGAAUAACCUAAUAAUGAAAAAUAUUUCAUAAUUAAUGGCCAUGGCUCUGUAUUUAACGAGUUGAGUGCCAUCAUAAGUUGCGCUGACAUGUACGUUGUAACUUUCUAAUAAUGUUGGCAAAUAUUUCACAUAUACCUUGGUAUCUUUGUGUCAACGAUGUGUAUGCUAGUGUAUUUACAUGAGAUAGUAUUCUUCUGUAUAAACAUUGUGCAUUACGGUUACGGUGUGUAUGAUGUAUGGACAUGUCUUCCAUGGACAUGUCUUUCCACAUGUCCGUGGAAAUCACUGAUCACUACUCUGACGUAGUCUACUUUUAGACUGAAAAAUUAUUGACAAUUAUAAAACAUUAUUUUUAUAUAUAUGUACAUGUAAGAAUAUUUUAUAAUAAAACAUUUUUAAUGUAA